UUUGUAGUACACACAAAAACGUUUAAUGAAUACUAAUGCCUGAAUUUGUACUACUCCGGUUGUACUAGUACGCUAUUUCAACUGUUUUAUUGAUAGCUUUAAAUUCAGGUUGUUUUUUGCCGAUCACAGAUCUUACUGCAUUGGGGUAAAAACCUCGAAUUUUGGGUUUUGCAUAAUCUCAUUGAAAUUUCAAAUUCCUAAAGUUGGUGGGAAGAAAAAUCACGUGGGAGGUUGUGUGUGGAAUUCAUGUUUUUGUGGGUUUUGCAGUAAAUCCCAUCUUCAUCUUGUUCAGUGGAAGAAAUCACCUAUACUGAAUUGAAUCAGGGAGAAAACUUGUUUGAACUGAAAGGAAAAUGGAGAGUCAUGAAAGAGGGGAAAACACAGAAAUUGAGAGUCAGAAUUUGGGGGAAAAUAGUGAGCUACCAGAUGAUAUGAAGAGGAUUCCUCCAUGGGAAAAACAGAUAACUAUUCGAGGAAUGAUUGCUGGUUUAUUUAUUGGAAUGAUUUACAGUGUUGUGUUGAUGAAGCUCAAUCUCUCAACUGGGCUAGUGCCAAACCUCAAUGUAUCAGCUGCCCUGCUUGCAUUUGUGUUCAUUCGAACAUGGACUAAACUGCUCGAAAAGUCCAAUGUUAUGACUACCCCGUUUACUAGACAGGAGAACACGGUGAUCCAGACGUGUGCAGUCGCUUGCUAUGGUCUCUCUUAUGGAGGUGGGUUUGCAUCCUUUCUUUUAGCAUUGAAUAAGAAGACAUAUGAGCAGGCGGGGGUCGAUACAGAGGGGAAUUCGCCUACGAGCCAUAAAGAACCGGGGUUUGAUUGGAUGACUGGAUUUCUGUUUGUUGUUAGCUUUGUUGGGUUGUUGGCAUUGGUUCCUCUUAGAAAGAUCAUGAUCAUUGACUACAAAUUACCUUACCCGAGUGGAACUGCAACUGCUGUUCUCAUCAAUGGAUUCCACACUUCCAAAGGAGAUAAGAUGGCCAAGAAACAGGUUCGUGGAUUCAUGAAGUUCUUCUCGUUCAGCUUCCUAUGGAGUUUCUUCCAAUGGUUCUAUUCCGGUGGAGAUCAAUGCGGAUUUUCUAAUUUCCCCACAUUCGGAUUGAAAGCUUGGAAGCAAACAUUUUUCUUCGACUUUAGCAUGACCUAUGUGGGAGCAGGAAUGAUCUGCUCACACCUAGUGAACGUGUCUCUGCUUCUCGGAGCCGUGCUCUCGUGGGGAAUCAUGUGGCCGCUGAUAGAGCAACGGAAGGGGGAAUGGUUCCCCAAAGAUAUCAAAGAAAGCAGCAUGAAGAGUCUCAAUGGUUACAAAGUUUUCAUUUCAAUCUCUCUCAUUCUUGGUGAUGGCCUAUACAACUUUCUCAAGACAUUGCUCUUUACAUUCCGAAGCAUGCGAACCACGUUCAACAAGAAGAAUCAGAUAUCAGAAUCGGACGACAAGGAUCAAUCCGUGGCCGAUAUUCGAAGGAACGAGGUGUUCAAGAGGGAGAGCAUUCCUCUGUGGGUAUCUUGUGCUGGCUACUUGUUAUUCUCCAUCAUCUCAAUCAUAAUCAUCCCAAUGAUGUUCCCUCAGCUCAAGUGGUACUACGUCGUCGUCGUGUACAUCUUCGCGCCGUCAUUGAGCUUCUGCAACGCCUACGGGGCCGGCCUAACGGACAUGAACAUGUCGUACAACUAUGGCAAAGUCGCCCUCUUCAUCCUGGCGGCUCUGGGCGGGAAAGAGAACGGCGUCGUGGCCGGGCUGAUCGGGUGCGGUCUCGUGAAGUCGAUGGUCUCCAUAUCGUCGGACCUAAUGCACGACAUGAAGACCGGGCACCUAACCCUAACCUCCCCACGUUCGAUGCUCCUCAGCCAGGCGAUCGGGACGGCCAUCGGGUGCGUGGUGGCGCCUCUCACGUUCUUUCUCUUCUACAAGGCGUUCGACCUCGGGAACCCUGAUGGCAGCUACAAGGCACCCUAUGCACUCAUAUAUAGGAACAUGGCCAUUCUUGGUGUGGAGGGCUUCUCCUCUCUGCCUCUCCAUUGCUUGCAGCUCUGCUACGGGUUCUUCGGGUUCGCCAUCUUGGCGAACCUGUUGAGGGACAUGGCACCGGAGAGGGUGGGGAGGCUCGUCCCUCUCCCGAUGGCCAUGGCGGUGCCGUUCCUGGUCGGGGCGUCGUUCGCCAUCGACAUGUGCAUUGGGAGCUUGGGUGUGUAUGUUUGGAGUAGAAUAAAUAGGAAGGAAGCUGGUUUGAUGGUUCCUGCAGUUGCAUCUGGGUUGAUAUGUGGUGAUGGGCUGUGGAUUUUGCCUUCUUGCAUUCUAGCAUUGGCAAAGAUCAAUCCUCCAAUUUGCAUGAAUUUCUUACCUGGGAAAACAUCAUGACUCAUUUAGGCUUCUUAGAUGAUAGUUUCUAGUUCAAAAAUGCAGAGUGUUAUCAGAUAUGGAAUUACCAGAGUUUUGGCGAUGAUGAUACAAGCUUUAAUUUUGACAUAGUUUCAUAUUAUAUAAAAUAACGUUGCAGUUUUAUCA